AUGGUUGACAGCAGGACGGGAAACGUAAAUACUUUAAUACUUGACGAUCCACUAUCUUACAAAAAACGGACGUGCUGUGGAAAGCCGGAGCUAACAGUUUUUGUAUCAGGAUCAAUCAAAGGCAUAAAACAUGGACCACAUGAGUGUGAAAUCAGAUUUUCUAAUGCAACAUAUUUUAAGACCAAAAGAAUAGUUGAAUACAUUAACACAUCUAGACCUAGACCGGCAUAUACUCCAACUUCAUCAUCAUCACAAACUGAUGAAAAAAAAUUGGUGUCCUUAAAACAGUCUUUGCAGAAUAAAUCCCAAUAUGCAUUGUAUGAUAACGGGGAAGGGAAUUCAGCGAAAAGACCAAAUUUGACAAUUGGAGAAAACGGUAUGGGGAUUACAGAAAUUGAAAAUAAUCUUUCCACUAAGUUCGAAGUAAAUGUUAAUUUACCAAGGAUGGUAUGCACAGAUUAUCCGGUCAAUGUUAACGUUGAAUAUGGUAUCACGACUGCAAAGUUAGCUAGAGAUACUUUUUAA